CCCGACUCCAACUUCACGAAGCCCCUGGCAGUACCAACGAGAUGGGGAGUACCUUGCUUAAAGAGUUACCAUUGCCCGAUCUUAUCGAUACAUAUGUUAAGCAUAAUGUACUAACCACUGCAGACUCCGUUUGCAGAAAUGAAAUGGAUAAAGCCAUCCAUAUCUUUGGUGCUGAGGCCGCGAUAGUGACGGUUCUUAAGCAAAUUCUAGCUUCGAUCGUACACAUUCAAGGCCGGUUAGAAGAAGCCGAAACGUUAUGGAGAGAAACUCUAGAGGCAAACGAAACGGCUCUAAGUAAAGAACAUCCGAGGACAUUAACCAAUAUGGAAGACUUGGCAUCAGCGUAUGCAGCUCUGGGGCGCUUCAAGGAGGCCGAGAAGCUCCAAGUGGAAAGUGUGGAGCUGAAAAAGAAAUGGCUCGGAGAAGAGAACACGGAAACACUGGCAAGCAUAGGUAAUCUCGCAGUGACCCUAGAGGAUCAGGAUCGCGUUGUGGAAGCAGAAACGCUCCUGACCGGAGUCGUACACGCAGAGAGGAAGAUUUUCGGACCCGGCCACCCCCGCAAGGUAUCCAGCAUGGGUCACCUGGCAUCGGCACUCCUCGCACAGGGCCGCACGGCGGAGGCUUCAAGGUGGGGGUUAGAGGCUAUGGAGAUUAGCGAAGCGCUACAGGGGAGAGAGCAUCAUGAGACCCUUGGGGCCAUGUCUAUCAUGGUGCGGGUCCGCGUGAACGAGGGUCAGCUCCAGGAGGCGGAGCUGCUGCAGGCGGAAAUACUGGAGAGCGCGACCCGGGUCCUCGGCCGGGAGCACCCCGAUACGCUGGUCUACUUGUAUAAUAUGGCGCGCAUCUGGAACAGCCUGGGCCGCCAUGCCGAUGCGAAGGAUCUCAUGAGCUCGUGUGCGGAACUUCAGGUCCAGGUUCUCGGACGGGAGCACCGAGACACAAGGAAGUCUUGGGCUGAUUUGGAGGCACUGGGUCGAUUGACUAACAACAGAUAAACAAGAAUUUACUAUGAACCAAUGAUCCGUGCGUAACUCACAGAGUCAAGUUUGCUGAAAUGUAGCUGUACGUUGCAUAUUGACUUAGUCUAUCAACUGCGUGAAUGAGGAGG